GGUGUAGACCGACCCCAGUACCCAAUAUAGGCUCCUCUUGUUAAAAAAAAGAAGAAAUUGGUAGAGAAGAAUCGUAUGAUGAUGGGUGACAAAGAAAUCCCCAAGAAACAAGGGUCGAAUAAGAAGAAGAAGAAGAAGAGAGGUGGUUCAAAGAGGAGAAUGACAUCUGAACAGACUUUGGCGUAUAAUUGUGUGAGCGAAUGGGUUUUCUUGGACCGCUCUCCUCUUUCACCUGCAGCUGAGGAUUUUGCUGUUCCUCAACCCAAAGAGAAAUUAGUCUUUGAACUUCAUUCUCAUUCUAUUCAUAGCGAUGGCUUCUUAUCACCUUUCAAGCUCGUUGAGAGAGCCCAUCAAAAUGGAGUAAAAGUUCUUUCAUUGACAGAUCAUGAUACUAUGUCUGGCAUCCCCGAAGCACUGGAAGCAGCUCGUAGAUUUGGCAUUAAGAUUAUUCCCGGAGUUGAAAUCAGUACAAUGUUCUCCCAAGGGAGGGACUCUGCAUCAGAUGAACCAGUGCACAUUCUUGCAUAUUACAGCAGUUGCGGACCAGCAAAAUUUGAUCAACUAGAGAAGUUCCUGAGUAGUAUACGGGAUGGACGUUUCCUCCGUGCGGAGAACAUGAUUUCAAAACUUAACAAACUGAAGUUGCCCCUUAAGUGGGAGCAGGUAGAAAAAAUUGCAGGAGAAGGAGUUGCUCCAGGGAGGUUGCAUGUUGCUCGUGCUAUGGUUGAAGCUGGCCAUGUGGAGAAUCUAAGACAGGCAUUUUCCCGAUAUCUUUAUGACGGAGGACCUGCUUAUGCUACGGGAAGCGAGCCACUUGCAGAGGAAACCGUCCAAUUUAUACGUGAGACAGGAGGCGUGGCAGUUUUGGCACAUCCAUGGGCAUUAAAAGAUCCAAUAGCUGUUGUUAGAAGAUUGAAAGAAGUCGGUCUACAUGGUAUAGAGGCCUACAGGAGUGAUGGAAAACUCGCAGCAUACAGCGACCUAGCAGAUGCUUAUGAUCUGCUGAAGCUUGGGGGUUCGGAUUUUCAUGGAAGAGGGGGGAAGCAGGAGUCUGAGGUGGGAAGUGUGAGCCUUCCGAUGUUGGCUGUGCAUGAAUUCCUGAAGGUGGCCCGUCCUAUCUGGUGCAGAGCGAUUAGGGAAAUUCUGGAGAAUUACGCAGAAAAUCCAUCAGAAACGAAUUUACAACUUAUUAUGAGUUUUGGAAAGCCCAAAGUUUGCAGGGGCAUUUCUCCUGUAAGUUGUUCCGGUGAUUUUAUCAGUCGAUGCUUAUCGUCCUGGUUGACAAAUGACGAGAGACGGGAUGCGGAAUUUGAGGCCAUCAAAUUGAAGCUUGCCGCCAUCUCAGUCAGUCAAAGAUAGAUGCAAGCUCUGCAGUGCCGCAAUAAGGAUAUCCAUUUUUGCCAAAAUUUUGGGACACCAUGGGUGAAUAUAUGGUUAUAUCUGUAGGUGGUAGUUUUCUGUUCUGUUUCCUCUCCUCCUUCCGCUCCUCGUCCUUCUCCCUCCCCCAUUUUUUUGCCCUGUUUCCUAUUAUUGUCUCCUCUCAAAUUUACAUUUAUAUGCCACUAUUAUAUGUGGUUGACUCAGAAAAACUGCAGAUUAUUUCUUGCAUUACC